CUCUACCCCACCAUCUUAUCGCCGAUUCGCCGUAACCCCGAUACCGUCUGUAGCCGAGAACUUUUUCCCUUGCGGACAACACUCCGCUUACCACUCUUGAUGGCAUCGCGCUUAGCUGCUUGUGAAGCUUGUCGAAAGGCAAAGCUUGCGUGUGAUCACCAGCAGCCUGUCUGUUCGCGAUGCAGGAAUGGUAAGUAUGUAUGUAUCUACCGCACCACGCCAUUCAAGCGCAAGCGCAUCGAGAAACCGAGCAACUUAUCCUCACCGGAUCCAUCACCAUCUUUUACUCCUCGCCGUAAUCCAUACCCAAAUCCCGGGUACUUGGGUUCCUCUAGCCAUGCCGCGAUAUUUAAGCACAUCACUACAGACGGAGACCAGAGCGCUAGCGCUCAGACCGGCGGCUCUGAAGCUCUGAGUCCACAGUGGGUCGGUGAUAACCAUUUGGUCCUGCAGGGGGCCGAUGUCCUCCGGCACCUGCUCACUACAUAUCCACUAUCCGCCAUGAAAGAGCUCGUGAUGUUCUGGCUCGCCAAGGAGCGAAUCUUGCGCUCGCAGAACCUUUCGUUGCGCAAUGCGCCGAAACUCUUUGCCGUAAAUGAUGAGAACUGGCAUUUGAUGUAUGCACGGCGGUUACUCCACAACUCCGCGCAGCCACUUCAGUUCCAUCAAUCGAUGAACCUGUCCGAAUUCUCGAUGCAAUUUAUGGAUCAUAACUGUCGCUGGGAAACUAUCGGUAUCUUCUUCGCGGCGGUCAGUCGCGCUACAAUUGAUAUAUCCUUCUUUCCGCUACUAUAUACCGCGGAGGAAGAUCAAUAUAAUUUGAGGCGGCUUACAACAAAGCUUUGUGAUUUCGCGCUGGAGAUAUCACUCUCGCUGGAUUGCCUUAAUGAUUUGCAGUUGAUCGCUCAGUACGAGAAUUUUAUCAUACAUUCGUACGUGGAUGGCGACCAGAGUUAUCACUCCUGGCGCAAACUCGGCGAUGUCAUCUCCUCAACCUUCGCAAUGGGAUACCAUGAGAACCUCGAGGCUAAACCCGGUAUCCCGCGAUUUCUCAUGGAACUGCGAAAGUCCGCUUUUGCGCGCAUAUACUCCGCAGACAAGAAUAUCGCUAUCUUUCUUGGUCGUCCCCCACGGAUGAACAAACGUUUCUGCCAUUUUCAAAUUCCGUCUUGCCAGAUGGCUCCACCUUCACAUAGUCAUACGACAACAGGCACAACAGCAAGCUACAGCCGGAAUAAUAAUGAUCAUACCUGGGACCUUGAUUCCAAGCCUGGUUAUAGAGCCGAUUCACGGUGGUCUGCACUCUGCGCGUUCCUGAAGGAAGAAAUCUGGGAACUUUUACAAGAUAAGCAAGAUGCGGCAUGUCUGCAACGAGCCAGUGCAAUCCAACAAAAAGCCGAAGAACAAUGGCUCGCUCUCCCGGCUACACUUCGCCUUGGAGGUAGUCUAAAGCAUUGUACCCGGACUCCAUUUGACAGAGAUUUCCUCGCCCAUGCCCGUCUCCAACAUCUACAUGUCCUCUUCUUACUCCGCCUCUUGUUAUUGAAUACCAUGACCGAACCGGAUAUCCCCAUCAUCGAGACGGCGGGGCAGAUGCUCGCGCUUGUCGUGGAAUGUAUUCUUCUACGGGAUCAGUUGACUAAUUCUGGUACUGGUCUUAUUUGGAAGGUCGCAUACUACGGUCUGCCCGCUGCAGGAAUCAUUCUUCUUGCACUUUUAAAGCAGCACACGCAUACGACGCAGAAUAUCGCUCGCACGAAGAUCUUGCAAGAUCUUAGUGUGUUUGUGGCUGAGGUGCAGAUUGGUACUAUAGUUCGGCCGGGUGAUCCGAAUUAUGCGCUGCUGUCUAAAGCCACGCAGACUAUCCAGCGGUUCUUGGACUCUUUUCACUCUGAUAGUGGGCAGGCUCCGACGGAUCCUGGGAGUCACGAGGAGGGAGCUGGAAAUGAUGACUGGGCUGCAUUAUUGAGUCAGGAUCUGUGGGAUUUCGAGGCGGGCUUUUGGCAGUCUUUGGCGGAUCAUCCGGCUUUGCUAGCGGUUGAUCCACCUUUACCUCGUGUUUGA